AUGUUACCGGCUCCCCUUGUCAGUGUUUACCAGCAAUACAAGGAAGACACCAACGCUGUGGCUUCCUGGCUUGCUUCCACAGCCAAGUCAUGCGGCUAUUCCGCUGACCUGCUCUCUGGAGGCGAUUUCCAGGCCAGCGGCGCUGCGCGGUCCAAACGUCUCAAGGGAAAAGCCAGGAAGCAGGCCACUAAGGCCGCCGCUCCACAGUCGCAGGGAUCUCCUUCCAGCCUUUGCCGUCCCGACUACACCAUCGCCAUCAAGGACUUCAUUCCGCUGGCCGAGGUUGUAGCAGCGUCCCAAAAGCCCAUCGUCUCAGUUCCACUGGCCUUCACGCACACACUCAACCGUGUCAUCUCUACGCGCUCUGGCUUUGGUGGUCGACUGGCUGACCUUGGUAACUCACCCACUGCUUCGGCUGAUUCUAAACACUCUUACUUCGUGGGCGUCCUAGAAAAGGUCCGAGACGUCCUCAAGCCACGUGUACCACCUGAUUCUGAGGAUGCAGCCAGUCCCGGUACUCCGUCAGGUGCCGUGGACGAGGUGGGUGGUAGGUUCGCAGGCCUAAGUGUCUACGAGCCAUCCGAAGAUUUCCUCAACGCUCCAGAUAUCGAGAGGCCAGCGCCGGUCAAGGAAGACAACUCCACCUAUGUUGCUGAGCCCCUUCAAGAUCUGGAAGAGGUUCUGUUCGCAUACACCCUUAUGAUCAACGACUGGAUGAAGAUACGAGCUCGAGUCGAGUGGAUCUGGACCCACUACCGUGAUGGCCUUUUCGAGUUGACAGCCGCCGCCAUAGCAACAAAUACGGCGUGUGACCUUGCUCGGAACCUGAUGGAGGACAUGGGUCCGAUGUUCAAGGCACACGGAGGUGCCAUAGAGCUCGCAAAGAAGUUUUAUCUCUACCAGUGCAUGAACAUGGGCUUUUCUCUCGACGACAUUACCCACUCUGGCAAUGAGUUCAACUACGAUACGUACGAUGUCGCCACUGAUACAUACACGAUGGCCUUCGUCAUGCUCGAGAGCUUCGUGGACGGGUGGGACCCCGGCCACCUGCCCCUCUACAAAGAAGGCAUGUACGGCACUUACGAUCCGACUCGGGACUGGAUUACGAUGCCCAAGCGAGAGAAGUUUCAACAGGACAAGAUACUAAUGGUUGAGUUCUUCUCCGAGCUCGCGACCAUUGUCCAAUGUGUUCCAAACUACCCUGUCGACGACGAGUUCACGCGCGGCAUGAAAGAGCUCCACCGGACCAGACAGAUCCCCAUGUAUCUCGCCUUUGCGACUCAAAUGUUCCUCGACAUUCACCACAUCCUACGUGGCCGGGUCUACUCGGCGCACGAGACAUGCAUGUCUCACUUGAAGCUCAUGGAUACAGACCUUGGACUGCACCUAGAUUUCCAUACCAAGCUCCGUGUCAGCAACUGGCCAGUGUCGAAUGACGAGGCGCUAAAGGGGAUCCGCCAGAAGAUCAAGUGGGUCCAGGACGAUCCAGUGCACAAAGCCAAGACCAAGGUGUUCAGCAAAAUGGGUGUACCUUGCGCUUCGCCUCUCCACCGAAUCCUGAGAUACUCCCCCGUGACCUCCGGACUCAUGCUCUACCAUUUUCGCGCCCAGACAUACAAUAUCGGCAUCACAUUCGCUAACACAUGGGGUUCGAUCGCCUAUCCGCUGCACCUCUACACUGCUCUCCAGCAGGAGAAGCUCCUGUCAUCGCGCCAGGUGCCCGGAGAAACUUGGGAGGACAUGGACGUGGUGCUGGAGCUACUCGGCAAGGACAGCUUCUAUGUAGGCGCUGAGCUACCCAAAAACCCUAUGGACUACUUCAACAAAUUCUCCCUCCAGAUGGGCACCACAGCGUCCGCAGUCGCAAACAGCAAGAAGAAGCGCACCCACAACCUCGAGAAGCUCCUCUCCAGAGCUGGCCCCCGCGGCAUCAAAGAGGUCUGCGCGCCCGUGUCGGGCAUGUUCGUCGACCGCUACGUCCGCAACACGGGACAGGUAGACUGGACACCCGAGCAUGUCGACAACAUCGUCGCCCGCAGCUUGUACGAGGAGGAAGGCUCCGAGGAGAACGGUACCCUCAUUAUCGGCCAGAUCGAAGAUGCGGACAAGCUGCGCGAGCGCAAGAAAGCGGCGAGCAGCAAGAAGACGGCCGCCUCGGGCGCCCGCAUGCCCCCGGACCGCCUCAUCAGGGCCCUGGUCCUCGCCCUCCAAGCCGAGUCGGUGACGCUGGCGUUUCCGUACCUGGAGCUGCACCGGGCGGCUUGGCGCGUGCUUCGGGCGGUGCGGGAAGCCUGUGAGCCUUUUCUGUUGGAGUUGUAUGGCCCUACGUAUAUGGAGAGAGAGAACCAGCUGCCGUGGGUCGUGGGCUGGAUCUUCAUGGCGUUGGUGGAGGGGGAUGCCAAGCUUUUUGUCAAGGCUGGUGAGGCUGUCAAGGAUCAGCUUGGACGGGGCGAAGGCUUGAAAGCUGUAGAGAAAUUGCGAGAGAUGGGAUUCAACGUGGUGCCGCAAUACGUCGCAGGCAACACAAUUCCAAUGUAG